AUGUGGAAAGUAUAUGACAGACUGCAGACAUUGGGAGUGACAGUUUCCCAUGCCACAUUGAACAAAGUGCAGGAACAGAUUGGUGGCCAUUUCAACGAACAACUCAUCCAAGCAGUCACAGAGGGAAAGCGGUUCCGUAUUGUCGGAGACAAUGUCAAUUUCAUGGUGGCAGCAAGUCAUCAAAGGAAAGGAAAUUCAACUCACAUGGAGCACUGGUUUGCCUCUGCGGCCAUAAUUCAAAAUAACUCUUUUGAUCACUUACCAUGUAACUUUCCUCAAAUGCCUCUUCUUGACUUGUCACCCCAAUCAUUUCUCCCUAGUGACAAUGAUUUCAAAGUUAUAACAAAUGAUUACAUUUACAUUGUGUUUCAAAUUCUGACAAGACAUUUGACUUUUUUGAAAAAGUUUAAACCUUUCACAGCUGAACUAAAAAAUGACUUACGGGCAAAGGACUGUGAUUUGAGCUCCAAGAAUACCGUGGUAACGUUCCCAGUUCUCUGCAAGAAUGAACAGAGCUAUGCAGAAGUUGUAGACAUCAUGGACAGCUAUGAAGACCACAUUGUGGAUAUUUACAGGAAAGCUAACUUCAACUUAGAUGGUGUAAAAGUUCAUAUUGGUGGGGACCAAUUAACUAGGGAGCGAUUCUCCGGUGCCAAACGAGUUCGUCAACAAGCAGCAACUGAAAGAGAACGAUUUCUUCAUUUGUCACCAAUUACUUUUGAAUUUUUUCACUUACAGAUGGCUUUCCUAACAAUGUUCUAUAAGACUCUAUACAACGAUAACAGUACUGAAGCAGGAACCCUGUAUGCAGAAAAAAUAAAGUUAGGCCGAACUCAUGCCAAUGGGAAAGAUGUAAAGAAUCACUAUGACCAAUGUAAAGAACUUGGAAGUUCUGUGAUAUCUUCACAUGUUGUUGUGGCAGCUAUGCAAUACUUUGGCAUGAAAGAUGUCAAUGAUGAACCAGUCAUGUUGAAAGAUUUGCUCAGUAAUGAAUUAAGUGACGCAGAGAAGCAGCAAAUUUUGUGUAACGUACUAAGGACUUUUGUACAACAAUAUGUUCUAAGGGAUUCUUUAGCAGUUAUUCAGAAUUCUACGUCUACUGCUGAUAUACAAACAUGUCUGGAAAUUGAUAUCAUCGGCCCAGACGGUACCCCUAUGCGUAUACUGAUCCCUGUAGCUAAACCACAAGUUGAUGCAGUAGAGUCAUACUCCCAUCAGGUACUAGAACUAGGCCUUGCUUAUGAAUGUCUCCUUUUAAAUGUUAAAAUACCAAACAGAGACAGAAUGCUGCCCCUUUUGAAGUAUGUUAUGUGUCUUCUGAAAGGACAUAAUUGGAAGUCUAAGUAUGCUCUGGAAAUUUUGAAAUUUCUUUGUCAACAACUCUCUACUAUGGAUGUGAAAUUGGCACAUGAGACAUUCUACGGUCUGUUUGUGAAUAAUUCUGGAAAAGAAGACACUUGCAUUGGUGCCGAUUUACAAAUGGAGCACAUAGUUAGACUGGUAAAAGACAAUUUAAAAGCAGUACAUUCAAACAAAACUGAAAAAACAAUGGCGAAACGUACAUCAGCUUUGUCAGGAAUGAAGGUCAUAACAAACCAAUUUGAUGUAACUUCUGACACAUUGAUCAGAGCAAGCAGACAUAAAAUACCUUCUUCAAUAGAGGAUGAACAGUUGAUCAUUCAUUCGCUUCUUCCCAUGCAGCCUUUUUCUUGUGUGCCUGGUCGCCAGAUGUCAUCCUACAAGAGCCCAGUUCAAAGUCCACUUAAAAAAAUGAACAUCCAGAAUAUGGUGUCAUGGAUAAGGGAACAUCAAUAUUUACAAUUACAUGAUAUUGGCCAAUGA